AAAAUGAACCAAAGUUUUUAAAUUAAAAAAAAAAAGAAAAAAGUUUCCGCUAAAAGUUUUCCCAAAAACAUCCCAGUGCUGUUUAAUUCAAUAAUUAAAAGAAUUUUGCGGUAUUUGUGCUUGAAAAUUAAACAAAUGCAUUGCAAAGAUUCGUGUAAAUGGCAAUUUUAGUGAUCUUUAAGAAGAAAUUCUUCUUAAGUUUCACCUUAUUUGUGAGAUGAAUAUUGAAGAGAAUCUGAAGCUCUGAUAUUUGAGGAAAAUUCGGACUUGAAGCUAUCUUCUACCCGCUGCCAGUUACUUUAUUCUCAACAGAGAUUACGCAGGAAAGAAUAGAAGUUCUUGAGACUUAGCCUCUAAAGACUUACGUUAUAUAAUCCAGGAGAACAUUAUCACAUCGGAGACGUCCAUUUAAGAAAUAAUUCUGCAAGAUGAUACCCCUUUGGCAGCAACGUAAAGUUUUAUGCUCUUUCUGCAGGAGUACCCACGUAUCAAGCCGAUGCAUUCAAUUUACUAGAAUAUCUUCAUACCGAAGGAGGGAAAUUGCAAGAAAAUUAAAAUUAUGCCUCAACUGUCUUGAACAUAAAGAGGACAAAGAAUGUGAGAGCAAAAAGAUGUGCGGGAUCUGUGGGAAAACACAUCACACAUUGCUUCAUCCCUACAAAAACACGGCUGAAUUCAAAGGGAAUGCUGAAGAAAAGGAGGAGCCUCAUCUUAAAUCAAAAGCUGAAAUUGAUAGAGAAUUGUUGAAAUUUUGGGAAGUGGAAGGUGCUCAACGGAAAACCACUAUUCAGGACCACGCAUGUGAAGAACAUUUUACACAAUCCCAUGCCAGGAGUAAGGAUGGGAAGUACAUUGUUCAUCUUCCCUUCAAGGAUGACCCAGAAAAAUUAGGGGACUCAAAGGAGCAAGCUCUAGUCAAACUGGAAAGAUUAGAAAAAGAGUUUGCGGUCAACGAUCAGCUGUACUAUGACUACAAGGACUUUAUGGAUGAGAGUAUCGCUGCAGGACACAUAUCCUUGACUGAAGAUACCGACGGUGCAAAGUAUUAUUUACCUCAUCAUGCUGUUACGAACAGUUCGACAAAGAAGAGAGAAAUUGUGUUUGAGGCUUCGUCUAAGACCACGACAGGACUUUCCUUGAAUUCAAUCUUGAAUAAAGGCCUAAAAAUCCACGAGGAUUUAAGGAGUAUCCUGACAAGAUGGCGAAAGCAUCACUACGUAUUCACGGCUAGAGUAGAAGAGAUCGUGAAACAAAUACUCAUCGAACCAGCUGAGAGGGAUUUUCUGCGUUUACUCUGGCGAGAAGACCCAAGAGAGCCCAUAAAGGAAUAUACUCUGAACACAGUUACCAAAGGACUAACACCUGCAACGUACUUAUCAUUCAGAAUGCUAAUGCAAUUAGCAUUGGAUGAUCGUGAAUACUGCCCAAGAGCUGCAGCAGCUAUGAAUGAUUUCCAUGUGGAUCAGCUAAUAAGCGGUGGUGCAUCAAAGGAUCGGACAAUGGAACUUCAAGUUCAAUUCUAUGAACUAAUAAGUAGGGCAGACAUGGUGUAGUACCGCUGGUACUAACUGUCAUAGUAUAGGACAGAUUGGCUUAUGUGUGUGGGGUUGGCGGGAGUCUUAAGGUGACUCUCUCUCCCAACCACCGUGGUACGGUUGGCUCAGUUGCUCGUGGGCCAUAGGGUCGUACGGACGGACUCGCCCCAUAAGUUCUGAAUCGUAGUACCUGGCUAUGACAGUGGUAUCUCAUUGUCAGGUAUUUUACAAUUCAGAAGUGGGAUCAGCCCAAAUAUCGCGUACAGAAGUGGAAAAGUGCGAGGAAUGUGUUUUUCGCGAGUGAAAAAAAAAUCCAUGGCGUCACUUUGACGUCACGUGGUGGAAUUCGCGGAAAAAAGUCCACCGUUUUGGGACUUUCGCGGCGUAAUGAAUCGCGUUGUAGCACCCGUGAGUGCUAAAUAAUAUUCCUCGUCGUGUAAAUUAGUGAAAUUCGGGGAAAACGCGUCGGAAAGCCGUGAAAAUCGCGACGAAAAAGUGACAUUUUGGCAGUUUUUGUGUUUGCCAAGCGCGAAAUGUGUGCGGAAAAAGUCUUUCGUGGGGCUUUUCCGCGGCAUAGGGACGUUGCGUCGUGGUUUCCUUCGAUGCGAAAAACGUUUUCGCAGAGGAAAAAGUGUCGCGAAUUUAAAGAAAAUGCGUCAUUUGAGACCGUUUGAGACGCAAAAAAAAAAAAAAAAAAAAAAAAAAAAAAAGUGUCGCGUGUACAGUGCAAGAGAGGGAGCGGGCGCAUAUGAAUGUGUGUGUGCGGCAGCGACGGGGAUCGAUUCAGCAUGAUCGUCGCGGAGAGCGAGAGCACACACACACACACACCAACGAAGCUCUCGGCGAUGCAGCGAGUCUCGCACGCCGAGGACGAUGCGGCAUGUGUGUGGCGGAGAGUGGUGAGAGCUCCAAGGCUUACAUCGUGAAUCGUGACGCAGCGACACACACACACACACACAUCAGCGAAGUCAGCAUCAUGCAGCGGCCUGACACGCUGAAGAUGCGGCGAAAAGGAGCGUAUGCAGUAAUGCAUGCAGAGUAUAGGAAGGAAAAUCGCAAGUAUUUUCUGCUAGAUUGGAGAGUGGUAUUUCUCCAAAUUGAUUAUCCUGAUAUUAUUGAAUUUUUUUUUUCAAUGUUUAACCCUGAAAAGCGCUUUUCAACCCCCUGAUAUUCUCUUAAUGUUGAAUUUUUAUGUUUAUAUGUAAACAUGUGAAGGUUAAGAGAAUUAUGACUGAUUUAAGGAAUAAAAAUGAAAAGUUAUUCCUUUUGUAAUGUAUUUAUAGCUGUUGGCUUUGUGUAGGAAUAUCAUCUUUCAGAUGAAAACCAAUUUGAUUAAAUCAAAGCCUUGAGUUGCAUAAGAAGUAUAAAAUCACGAGGUUGAGAUUUUCAUGAAAUUUCAAAAGGUAAUUCUUAUGCAAAGCAAAAAAAAAAAAAUAAUAAUAAUAAAUUGAAACCAUUAAUUGCAAGUUUCCUUUCAGCGAUUUGACAAAAAAAAAAAGAAGAGUUAUGAAUGAAAAAUUAUAUUUGUUUUAUUCUUUAUUGUAAAUCGUAUUUAGAUUGAGUUGAAAGGUUGAAGAAUUACAUAAGAAUUAAUGCGCAAGAUUCAUUGGAAUUGAAAUUUUCAAGUAAGAAAAAUAAAAAUUAAUGAAUGAAGUUUUCGUGCAUUGAGAAUUCAUUGAAAUUUUUCCAAAUAGGAAACGAAAACGGAAUUAAUUGUUCAUGAAGUUGAAAUAAAAGGGAAAAUUCAUUAAAGCGAAGGUUAAAUGAAAUUUUCAAGAAGUGGAUGAAAAUUAUCAUUAAAGUAAAAACAAGUGAUUUCUCCUGAAGAAAUUGAAAGAACUCAUUAAUAGAAUUAAAAAUAAUGCAAAUUUCAAUAAAAAUUAAAUUUUUAAAGAUAGAGAUAAAAAAAAAUAGAUAAGGUUGAAAAUUUCAAGGGAGAAGGAAUGAAUCAAAAAGAGAUAGCGCAAUUCUUGUGUAAGGAACUAGAGGCAAAAUUGAUUGCAAUUAUUGGGAAGUAAGUCCGCUCAUAAAUAUUGGAAAGUUUGAUUUGUUUGCGGAAAGAAAUAUCCAUUUUGAUUUUGGGUUUCGUAUGUCAGUUUACUAUUGCCAAACAGUCACAAAUAAGUUGAAUAAGUAGUUCAAACGUGAAAAGCUGAGAAUUGUGAAGAAAUGUGAUGACAUUGGGACAAGAAACUACUGCAAGAGUGAGGAUUUUAAUGAAGGAGUCCAGCAGUAGGAGUCACUAUGGAUUUACACCGGAAAUGUGCAUCACCUAAGGCAAUACCGAUAGAGACUCAAACAAGAGUAAUGGAUUGCUCAAAGAAGGAAUGGAACAACUUAAACGGAUUCUAGGCAAUUAUUCAAGAGACCAACUGGGACUCUUCUUGAGAAAAGGGGAAGAGCUGAGGAAUUUGGCCGUUAGAAAUGAGACGUAAGAGUUAAUUAUGUGCUGAAAUUGAAGUUAAUAAACUUGUUAUGAGAUUGUUCUCUUACAAUUAAGAAGGAGAAAGACAAUCUGUGACAGGGAGAAUUUCAGAAUGGAUGGACAUAAUUAAUUCUGAAAAGAACGUCUACAUUCUGAUUACAUAAGUCAGAACAGGCCAUUUGAGCAGUGGAUCAGACAGAGUGCACAGAUCAUGGCACAGUACUCAAACUAACCAAGGAUGGUCUCUGGAAAACUAGAAAACAGAAAAUAAAGAAUCAUAUAAAACAACAGUUGGAGUAGUGAGCAGGUUAAGUUCAAGGAGCUCUUAUCUUCUGCUUGAAAGGAAGCUCAUUCAAGGGCAAAAGGAGCUGAAGUUGAACAUUUGUGU